UCGUGAGAUAUAAUUUGUUCCAACAUAAUUUACUGCUUUUUAUGGUGUAGGAAAAUCUGUUGAUAUUGUUCUGUUGACUUGUGAGGUGCUGGUAAAUAUAUUUAGCUCUGAGCUUAUAUCAUCCAAUUUGAAUCAAUAUUAGGAUUUUAUAACAUGGAAAAUUUUCAACUUUAUUGAGAAGUCAAAUCAUUUUCUUCUUUGUCGAUAGAAUUCUAUUGCAACUUACAACUGAUGUUAGAAGGCUUGUUGUGUUCUAUCACGACAAUACUUGGAGAAUGUUUCUCAGAUUGCCACAUCAAUGGGAAUUCUCGUGAAUGAAUGUUACUUUGCUAAUAAACUUUAGUAAACUGGUACGUGCAAAAGGAUUUGAGAUAAAUUGAAAUUUUACUGUCCUGGUUGAGAACGCCUACGUCGGAGUGCCACAUGCUGCAGUUCCUUAUGUCAAGACAGGUGAGUGUAAAGUUUACACAUAUGCUGUGUCAUACAAAAAUUUGAUCAUUGACCUAAGGGUACAUUAACCAUUUUUGGGUUAAAAUGUGGUGUUACUUGUCUUCGUAUUUUUUUUUUCAGCUCGUAUAAGGGAUGGAGCAAUGCUCCUGAAUCUACAAGUUCUUCUGACAGCUGAAAAUAUGUCGAGUUGAAGUCUGCCACGAAACGAUACCAGUCGAUCACCCACGAGUUCUGAACACGUCAAGACGGGGAUCUCUUUCAUUGGUGGAUCAAUCGCCGACUUUACAGAGCUGUUAUGGUGUGGAAGGAGUGUUCACUUCUCACUGAGGGAGUGCAGACUGACAACCUCCGUUACGCUGAAGAGUGCUGCUAAAGCUUUUAAGAUGAAGAUUGGUGAAAGUGUUGACUUCUCUCCCUCUCUACACGGCUCUUGUGUUGACGCGGAUCGAUUUCAUUGGUGGAUCAAUCGCCGACUUCAUACGACUGUUAUGGUGAUAAACGUUUUCCUUGCGAGUAGAAGAAUCGGCUUCUCUCAACACAGCUGUUGUGAUUCGUUUCAUACCAAGUACAAAUUACGUUCAUAAUGCGAGCUUCGGCCUUCAAAAUUUAGGAAACCCUUCGAUCAUGUGCUGAACCACUACUCUUCGUUUAAUGAAGUUCCGGGAAGUCGUGCUGUCAAAAUCUUCGUACAAGAGGACUGGCAUUUGAAUAUUUCUGAAUCAUGAAGACUGAAAAGUUACUUCAGUGGUCGACCGAAUAUUACGCCGACAGUGCUGAGUUCUGUCCAUUACUACCUUUCCAAGACGUUUUUGUUAUUGGUACGUACCAAUUGGAAGAAAAAGGUGGCAACGACAUAUCAUCAAAUACUGUGCAUCAAGAGAAACAGUCUGUUGACGGAAAUGAAGUCACAACUCUCGCGGAACCAGAAAACAUUUCCGAGGUUGUGAAGGAACAAAGAUCUGCUCAAGAAGAUUUAGUCUUAGGGACCACGAGUCUUGACUGCAGCAAACGACGUUCAGGUGAAGAUGGAGGGAAGCAAAAAAGGAAGGGUUGUCUAUACUUGCAUAAAUUGGUGCACAGGAACAAGAAGCACGAUCUUCAGGAAAUAAAAAUGGCUGGUAUUUUAGAUAUGAAGUGGAGUUGUCAAAAAGUGUCAGGCCUCAUUUUGUUGGGAGUUGUCACCUCUGAUGGCGAACUCGUGAUACUAAAACUUCGAGAGGAAGAAGAGAAUCCGUCGCUUGAAAUUCUGUGCAGAAAGUUCCUUGAAGGACAAGACGUGCUUGCGUUGUCCCUGGAUUGGUCCAAUCGAAAGUACGCAACUGAGUCGCCAAAGAUUUCUGUGAGUGAUUCUGGAGGGAAUGUGAGCGUCUACGAGUUCUCUAACUCUAAUUUGUCGCGCGUCAGCUUCGCUCAAUGUCAUGCAUACGAGGCUUGGAUCACUGCUUUCAACUACUGGCAAAAUGACAUCGUCUACUCGGGCGGUGACGACAGCAAGCUCAGAGGAUACGAUCUCAGGAUCGGACUUGAAAGUCCGUAUUUUUGCAAAUCCCAUGAUGGAGGAGUAACGAGUUUUCACGCUAACGAGCUGCGCGAGCAUCAGGUGGCAAGCGGAAGUUAUGACGAGGUGGUGCGGCUGUGGGAUGCCAGAAACUGGCGACGACCUUUGAGUGAAACACGCGUCGACGGAGGCGUGUGGCGUCUCAAGUGGAGACCCAGCGCUGGGACGCACCUCUUGGCUGCUUGCAUGUACAAUCACUUCCAGAUCAUAGCUGUGGCGGACGACCCAUUGCACCCUGAGGUUGUUGUUAAGUACGAAGGCCACAACAGUUUAGCGUAUGGAGGAGACUGGUGUUGGAGUGAAAAUCUGAUGGGAACGAUUGUCACAGCGUCGUUUUAUGACAAGAAAGCCUCGCUCUGGGUUGCAGACGUGUAGAUGAAACUGGUCUGGAAAUUACGUCGAAACCAGUGUAAAAUAUACUUGAAGCUGAAAUGAAA